UUCGCUGGCAAAUGUCUCCAACCAUGAUCCCUACCUUCACGGCGUGUCCACGUGUGCCCACAGGUAGCCAAGGCCUGCCCAGUACCGGGGGAGCACUUCGGCUUCGAGAAGCCCGACGAGGACGGUUCGCCCGCAUUACUUUUCCCUUUUUUUCCAUGAUUAUUAUUUCUUUAUUAUUAAUUUUUGUCGCUCCAUUAUUACCUCUGUGCACUCAUGUGCUGGGCACUCCAGCGCUCGGACCCUGCGACCCCCCGCUCCUCCCGGUAGGCCUCUGGACCGGGAUGCCGACGACGGUCCCCACGUCCACGUCCACCUCGGCCACGACGUCGUCGUCGAUCUCGAGCUCACCGGCCUCCUCAGGACGCAGCAAUCUCACCAUGGAGGCAGUGGUGGAGUUUGACUACUCAGCUCAGGAAGUUGAUGAAUUAACUAUCCGCAAAGGCGAUGUCAUUACUGACAUUCGUAUGCAGCCUGGUGGAUGGUGGGAAGGAUGCGUGCAUGGCCGGAGAGGAAUGUUUCCUGACAAUUUUGUAAAGGUUCGGAAUAAAUCAAACAGUAAUUCUAGUAAAGAAACAAUGGCAAACAAUGAAGUUCAGUUAAGAGCAAGCAGCGGUAGGAGAUGUAAAGUUCUUUUUAGUUACCAGCCUGCAAAUGAUGACGAAUUGGAACUUCAAGUAAAUGAUGUGAUUGAGGUUUUAGACGAGGUGGAAGAGGGUUGGUGGCGAGGCAAGCUCAGAAACAGGAUGGGAGUUUUCCCGUCAAACUUUGUGACAGAAGUAACUGAAAAACAGGCUAAUGGAGGUCCGGGUAGCCGGAAGACAUCAGCAACACAACCCCCACCUCUUUCUAUGGUUCGCAAGGAAGAAAUUUCAGUAAUACCACCAGUGGAAAAAGUUAAAGGUGUCAUUAUGAGUGAGACUGAUUCACCUGCAUCCCCAACGGGCCCAGACUCAGGAAAUCCUAAGGCAAUUGAUGUAGAUGCUCCUCUUCUCCCACCUAAACCGGUGAAAGAGCUGUGUAAAGUUCUGUACCCAUAUGAGGCAGCCAAUGAAGAUGAAUUAAAUUUGAAAGAAGGCGACAUUGUUACUAUUGUAACCAAAGAUGUCCAAGAUAAGGGAUGGUGGAAGGGAGAACUUCGUGGUCAUAUUGGCCUUUUUCCUGACAAUUUUGUUGUUGCACUACCCCCAGAGGAGACACCACAAGCAAAGAAACCAGAGAGACCGCCUCCUGCCAAGUCAGUAACAUCAGUUUCCUCCAUCAAAUCUACUGAUAGCUUUUCUAAAAGCAUUAAUUCUACUGGGAAGAAAACUUCUGAAAACAGUUCCAAACCAGAUGAGAAAGCCCCUCCAGUGCUCAGCAAGAAACCAGCCCUGCCCCCAGCAUCUAAAAAACCACAGUUACGAACCCCAACACCCUCUGUUCCACCACCAAUCAAUCCUGUCACAGCAUCAAAGCGAGGAGGUACUGAAGUAGCUGACAGUCCUGAGCAAAGGCUAAAUGAUCUUGUAGAUGGCACCGCAAGUAGUAAAAUUAAAAUUACAAGCCCUGCAUCUGCAGAUACCGACUUUGAUGGUGUGGAGAGAGGAGCUAUGUUAACGCAUCCAACAGCUUCUCGUGCCAAAGCGCCGCGUAGACGUUUGCCUACCGGCAUGCUCAACAAGGAAGUGGAGCCAGCAGGUGGUAUGACAAAUGGCAAUGGGGAAAGCCAUAACCAUUCAGUGGAAAGCAAUUUCUCACUUGACGAAUGUGAUAGAGAAAAUGGUUUUGAAUCUGGCACUCCUGGUUCUGUAAGUAGCGCAUCCAGUGGCACAACUUCAAAUCGCAACAGUAAAGAAUGGGAGAAAAACAAAGCUCCUUGGAUGGCUGAAUUAAUAAUGAAUCAAGCAGCCAAAAAAUCCCAGGGAGUUAAAACACCUCCAGCUCCAAGUCCACCUAAACCAGAUUCAGCACGAAUUAAAAAAGAAAUACCAGAUAGUCCAGCAAGCCCUACAUCUCCAGAACCCCCAAAGAUAAAUGCUGUCACUGUCCGUCAGAACUCGGCUACAAACAAUUCCACAAAUCAUGUAUCAAAUAUUCCAUCUUCAGUAUCAGCAGCUUCUCGCCCACAAUCUGUUCAUGGAGAGAUUCCUGCGAAUCGGUUAUCAGGAACAGGAAGUCGCCCUAACUCAAUGUAUGCACCUGCAGCCAAUGACAAAAAUUCAACUCCAUCUAGUAAUUCUAUUGCUGCAAGUAUUGCUGCGAGUACUGCUGGUGGUACAGUUCCCAUGAAACAAUUUUUGGAACUUGUUGAUAAGGUGUCAAAGCUGGAAAGUCAUUGUGACCUCCUCAAGCGCACUGUCACAGAGCUAAGCUUGCAAUUAAAAGAGGAAAAGGAGAAGCGAUUUCAAAUGCAGCAGGAGAUAGUUAAACUUACUGAUCUUGUGACCCAAGUUUAACAUUGGUUAAAAUCAUAGUGUUUUUUUUCACCAAAUUUGUUUGUCACAUGUUAAUUUAAAUUCUUAUGCACUAAUAUCAGUAAUUGUGGACACUCAAUUAAAUAUAUUUUUGUCCAGUGCUUUCUUUAUUGUUGAUAAUUUGUGUAUAAUGAAACAAGAGUCAAAUGAAGGAGGGAUUACUGUUUUUCUUUCUUUUUGGGUGUGCAACCGUGAUUGUUGUUUGUUCAUCAAACUUCAUGGUAAUCAAUCUCACUGAAAACUCUUUUUCAACAUCGCAUUCAAGUAUCUCUCCUUCAGUUGACUCUUGAAGUUGCAAUGUCUUUGAGAACUUUGUUCUGUGUACAUUCAGUGUACCUAUUUUGAUAAACAUUGCUCCAAUUUCUACAAGUAGGCUAAUUGGACCCUACAUACAUAAAUAUUGUUUGUUUUAUUCUAUCAAUCUAAUGUUGCUAGCUGAUUCUCUCAGCUCUUGAGUACUUACAGUUUUUCUAGUCUUUCAAAUACUUUUUUCAUCAAGCAUUCCUGAACAAUCGUGUUUGUUCUUUCUUUAUCAUUGUAUUUUAAAAUGUAACCAUGUUUUGAUCAAAUUUUAUCACCUUUGACUAUAUGCUCAAUUAAUCACAGUGCUAUGAAUGUUAAACUGAAUCAACUGAAUAAUGUAGUCUUACUGGAUGUAAAAGACAAACAAGAAGACUGCCUUGCCCACAUGGAUUUAAGUUACAUCAGAUGUCUGCUUCUCAAAUUCAGACAGAGGUGUCAAGAGAAAUGUGUGCUUUGUUGUUAUUUAUCACUUUAUGAAACACAAAGUAGAUAAUAGCUGUGAUUUCAAGGCAUUCCAAUGACUUUUUCCAUUCUUAUUUAACUGACUGAACAUCGGUUUUCCCAGAUUUUUAAACUUUGAGUGAUGUUUUGUAGUCAUGUGUUUUAUUUAAAUGGUACCAGUUUAUUUUCUGUACCAAUUUAUAUUUGUGUAAUAUAUGUACCUCUUUCCUUAUUCUUUUUCUUCAAAUGUUAUCUGCAUUCCAUUUUGAAUGAAGGCAUGUAACAAGCUUGAAAAGCAUAAAGUCAGACGAUAAAACUUAGCAUAAGCAGAAAUUAUAUUUCUAUUGCAGAGCCCAAUGAUUAAAAGUUUGAAAUUAACUGCACUAAUUCUACAUUUUAUAUCUUGGUUUCAAAUUGAUAAGGUAGUUAUACUUAUGUGCAUUGCCAUCAGGAAGUUCUAUGAUACUUUUUUCACCCAUCAUGCAUUCCAUUUAUGUAUUUCAAUAAUUUAUAUCAGAACUAAUGGUAUAAGGAUAGUUAUGUAUUAGAGAAAUUUUGCCCGGGAACAAAUGGCUCCAAAAUACCAGUGAAUGAUAUUUUAUUUUUUGAUCAUGUUCGUCGAAUUUAGUUGGCUCUGAAACCAACAUGUUUUUGUAGCUAGCCCUUGUAGUUCUUUAAAGUUUUUUUUCUUUCUUUCUAAAAUUUAGACCAAAGUUAAGGUGAUGAAUUUAAUUUUGUUUUAUAUCACUGCCUCCAUUAUUCCUUUAUUUGUUUCUGGCAUCUGCUGGCAAUUGGUUUUAAUUUCAGGUCUUGCUCUUCAAAAGUUUUAACAGUUAAUUAAUGUUAUUAUUUGUCUCAAGUCCCUAUAGUGGUACAAUCAUCCGGCAAGAUGUUACGACAGAGAGUCUAAUGAUCAACUUUCCCAAUUUUGCUUGAACUUUUUUUGUAAUGUACACUUUAGAAGUAUAGAUGUAUUUUUAUAACCCUUGUACAGCUGCUGUCAGACUUCUGCCAUACUUAGUGUACAUGCUUUUUGUUUAAAGGUAUAUACAUAACUAUGCAAACAUAUGAACAUAGUAUAUAAUUUAAAUACUUACGUUUACUGUACAUGGAUAUGUGCUUUCUUGAGAGUAGGGUGUACUCUGUAAUCUAAUCUAUGGUAAUCUUGUAACAACCCAAGAUACUUUUUCAGCUAAGUAAUGUCUCACAAGAGGCUAUCAAAGGGGAACGACGUAGGAUUGGAAUAGUCAUACCUGUUCCAUUUACUUUCCUUAAUCAGUAUUUCUUAUUCUAAGCUGAUAGAUGUCCAGUAUUAAAAGAAACACAUAGUUAAACGUCCUCUUAAUUUCAGUUAUGAAAGAAUGUUGAGUUUAUUGCAACUCACAGUGAACCAGUUUACUCCAGAAAAAAAGCCUGUUUGGAACAAGGGCUUAUUUGUGGCGCUUUUCAAAAUUAAAGUGCUUUAUACAAUGACAGCAAUACUCAACAAGUGUCACUGAUAUGUUGACUACUUCAAAGUUUUGAUUGAGGUUCUCGUGAUGCAUAAUACGAUUCCUUUGUGCAACCUAUUUUAUACUUGGCAUAAUAUUCAGGACUGUAAGACUCAUUCAUUGUAUAUCAUUUAGGACUGAUAUUCUAGAACAACUGGUGCUAUGUUUGUUGCAUUAGAGUGCAGUUUGUUCUCAUGUUCUUAAUUUUACCCUUGAGGUAGAAACCCCUGCAAUAGGUAUUAUGAAUGUGAGUAGAAUGUAAUGUACCAGAAUGCUGGUUAUGACCGACAAGAUUUAAUUUCUUUGCAUUCAUAUUGCCAUUAGUGUAAUCUAAUGUGGAUUUUGUUCAAUGGGAAGCAGUUGUCAAUUCUUGGGCAGCAUGCAUAUUUAUUGGCAAGCAUAUCUAAUUGUGAAUGCAUAUAAAAAGUGUAAAUGAGUUGAAAGCAAAAGCUAUUUUGAAUAUUCUUAGAUUUAUCUGGGGUCCUUAAAAAUUAAAGAAGAGGCUGCCCUUAAUUGACUGCUCAAUUGUAUUGCAUAUAAAAUCAUCGGAUCAUGGUUGACACCAGUGAAUUUGGACUGCUUGUGUAAGGAAGGUAGUAAAAUGUAUGUAGCUAGGAACUCAAUGAAUGAUGAGUGAAAGAUGAAUUCUAAAAUUAAUUUUCUCUGGCCUUAAAAUGCUUCAAGUUGAGUGAAUUCUCAUUCUUCAACCGGUACUUUUCUCAGAAACUCUUGUAAUUUGUUUUAUUGAUUUAAAAAAAUAAAACAUUUCAAUUUUUAUUACGGUCAGGUUGUGACUAUUAGGUAAAAACUAAGUGCCGAGUUAUAAUUAGAAAUAUCAGUUCAGUUCUCAGAACAACAUCAAAUCAUUAAAACUUGCAAUUCCGCAUGCAAUGCAAUAUUCUUUUAUUUUGCUUGGUGGUGAGUAAUUUGGUGCUUCUGCAGUGUUUUUUUUUGUUUAGUUAAAAUUUUUGUUGACUUUUCUCCUAAUGUCAAAGGUUGUGUUUUGCACAUGUCAGUGGACUUGAACAGUCUUCAGGUACUACAUGUAUGCCCUAUACACACUGUCAAUGCCUCAGAUAUCAACUUGUAUGUUUAUCAACAUGCGCUCAUCCGGAGAAAAUCCUUGUAUUUUUGUUGAAUAAAAGUGUGUUGGACUAUUGUUCCAUUUGCAGUGAAAGCAA